CUUUUUUUUCUCUCCCCUUUUUCUCAUGGUUUAAGACAGCUUCUCUUGCAAUGCAGAGCUCUGUGGUCGAAUAAGCCCCGAUCCAUAAUCCAUAAGCCUCAACGAACUAUCUACAGUCCCAAUCCAUAAUCCAGUGCGUGAUAUUUAGAACCUGAUCACUAGAGCUGCUCAAGUGGUUGGUGGUGAUCUUGAUGGCCCGAUGCCGCAGACAAAAGAGCAUAUUCUUCUAGCUCCACAGGUUUCAAAUUCUGUGAAUUUUUGCCAGCAAUAGCAUUAAGAAAGAGAAACCACGGGAUAUGGCCACCAUGUGCUGUCUUUGCAGGUGUGACAAGAUGGACAUUUUCCCUCUGUUUUUUAGGUUGGUGUGUCAUCACUUGUUGAUGAUCCAGACUUCAGUUUUUUUUCCUUUUUGAAAAGAAGGAAUACCCCUGGCCUCUGCAUCUCUUGAGGUACACGGCCAUCAUCCAGACUUAAGUAGAACUUGUGGAGCUGGAGCUUCAAGAGUCCUCAGUUUCUCCUAGAAGUUCCCUGGCGAUGAAGUUCCAACCAUCCGUGCAUCUGCCUUGUCACCCAUGGAUGGCCAUGGUUAUCCUCCCUCUCCUCCCUCUCCUCCUGCUCCUCGUGCCUCUCGCCGCUGCUCAAUGGUCAUCCUGCAGCAAGAGCGACGACUAUAAAUCUAAUAGCACCUAUGAAGCCAACCUCGGUCUCCUCUCUUCAACCCUCCCGAAGAAAGCAGCGUCCAGCACCACCCUCUUUGCAACCGGCAUCAUGGGCAAUGUUCCGGACGUUGUCUACGCCCUCACGCUCUGCCGCGGGGACUCUAACGCCUCCGCCUGCGAGAGCUGUGUAACCACCGCGUUUCAGGACCUCCGGCAGCUCUGCCCGUACAAAAAGAAUGCCGCCGUGUACUACGAUCCCUGCAUGCUCAAGUUCUCCAACAAGAAUUUUCUCGCCGCCACCACCGUCAAUGAUCCACUCAUGAUCGUGAACACUAAGAACUUCACGACAAACGCCGACAUCACCCAGCGAUUAUUGUUCACGCUUAUCAACAGCACGGCUCAAUUGGCCGCGAAUAGCUUGAGGAGGUUCAGUACGUCGCGCUUAGAUGUUGGUUCCUCCCCGACGUUGUACUGUCUUAUGCAGUGCAUGCCCGAUCUGAUUCCCCACGACUGCGAGUCAUGUUUCCAGGAUAUCUUGAAUAUUACGCUCGAGUACCUGGGUGGUAAGCAAGGUGGCCGAGUUCUGGGGACACGGUGUUACAUGAGGUACGAGAUGUACCCAUUCUUCCAAGGGGACCCUACGCUGCGCAUUAUCAACUUGGCCCCGCAUGUUCCGACGAUCAACAACACUACGACACCAGCUACCGUGUACCCACAAUCGCAGCCACCAGAUGCAGCGCCACCCCCGGAGGGAAAAGUGACCGGCCAAGAACAUAAAGGACGCAAAUCACGCAAGAGGGCGCUGUGGAUUAUUGUUGUGGUGGCUACACUACUGUCAAUACUUAUGUGCUUUAUCUGUUUCAUUGUAUGGAAGAGAAGAAAAGGAAAGGUAAACAUAAACAAUCAAGCUGCCACAAAUAGGCCGGAAGAAUAUGCACUGGUUUGGAGAUUGGAGGAGAGGAGUUCAGAGUUCACACUCUUUGACUUUCCUGAGAUAUUACAAGCUACACACAACUUUUCCAAAGAAAAUCUACUUGGGCAAGGUGGUUUUGGCCCUGUCUACAAGGGCCAAUUACCAGAUGGAAUGGAGAUUGCUGUUAAAAGGCUUGCCUCACAUUCAGGACAGGGUUUCACAGAAUUCAAGAAUGAAGUUGAACUUAUUGCAAAACUACAACACAAUAAUCUGGUAAAGCUCUUAGGAUGUUGCAUUCAGGGAGAGGAAAAACUAUUGGUGUAUGAGUAUUUGCCAAAUAAGAGCUUGGACUUUUUUAUAUUUGAUGAAAACAGAACAACUUUGGUUGAUUGGGAAAAAAGACGUGUCAUAAUCGAAGGGAUAGCCCAAGGUCUUCUAUAUCUUCACAAGCACUCUCGAUUGCGCAUCAUACACAGAGAUCUCAAGGCCAGCAACAUUCUCUUGGACCAGGACAUGAAUCCUAAAAUUUCUGAUUUUGGCCUGGCGAAAAUUUUCAGCUCCAAUGACACUCAGGGAAGCACAAAGAGGGUAGUGGGAACAUAUGGUUAUAUGUCUCCGGAGUAUGCAUCUGAAGGCAUUUACUCAAUCAAAUCCGACGUGUUCAGCUUUGGUGUGUUGUUUCUUGAGAUCCUUAGUGGAAAAAGGAAUUCUCGUUUCCAUCAAUGCGAAGACUUUCUUAACCUUCUUGGAUAUUCAUGGUAUCUCUGGGAAGGAGGAAGAUGGCUUGAGCUUCUAGAUGUAUCAAUUGUUACGGAGGUCCAUACAACAGAGGCUAGAAGGUAUAUUAACAUUGCACUGAUGUGCGUACAAGAGAGUGCGGAUGAUCGACCCACCAUGUCAGAUGUUGUUGCAAUGUUAAACAGCGAGAGUGUUAUUAUUCCAGAGCCUAAUCCUCCUGCAUACGUUAAUGUAAGAGUAUCUAAGGUUGUUCCAUGCAGUAAUAAUGAUGUAACCAUCACCGAAGAGCCAAAUGGAAGAUAGUUGAUAACUUCGUAUCUGAGUUGUACACUAAUCCACACCGAACUCUAGAUGUUAUCGCUACAUUAUCUGCUGAAGACGCUUAAUUUCAU